GUUGAUACACUGUCAAAAUCUGAGUUGGAGGAGCUUCAGGUAGCAUUUACAGCUUAUGAUAAGGAUGGGAACGGGUCGAUAGAUGUAAGAGAAUUGGAGGAAGCACUUUCUCGUGUAGGCAGAAGGCCUACACGUCUUGAGGUAGCCAAUAUAAUGAGACGAUUUGACUCUGAUGGUGACGGAAGAAUUAAUUUCCCGGAAUUUAUAGUAAUGGUCAUGAAGAAGAAGAAAUUUGCCUCUGUUGAGGCGGAUCUUCGAAGAUCAUUUAAUUACUUCGAUAGAAAUGGUGAUGGGUUUAUUUCACAGGAGGAGCUGAGAUCUGUGAUACGACUGUUUGGCGAUAAGCUUAAAAACUUGGACGCUGAGGCCAUCAUGAACGAGGCAGAUGAAAAUGGUGACGGACUCUUGAAUUACGAAGAAUUUUUGACGCUGAUGAGCGAGUGCUACUUUUAACGGUUCGGACAAGUGCAGCCAUUUAUUGAUACAAACAGAUCCUGUCUACAAGCUGUCUUUUCAAUCUCAACUGUAUCUCCGAGAUUCAUUUCAGCGCUGACUUUUCUUUGUGCUUGUUAGAAUUGUUUUUUAUUCGACUUUUAUGUAAUUAGACUUGACAGAGGGAAAGCAAAUACCAAUGUAUUUU